AUGGGUCCAAUGGAGCCAGAUUCGCCUCUGCCUAAUCGGCUAACACACGUCUCAGAUAAACAUCCGAGAUGUAUGUUAGCCGAAUUUAGUUCUAUGCGUCGUCAUCGUGAAUUAUGUGAUGUUGUUCUCAAUAUUAACAAUCGAAAAAUAUUCGCUCACCGUAACAUUUUAUCUGCAUGUAGUCCAUACUUCAGGGCUAUGUUUAAUGGAGAUCUAGCUGAAUCUCGACAAACAGAAGUCACUAUACGUGAUAUGGAUGAAAUAGCAAUGGAACUUUUAAUUGAAUUUUGUUAUUCCGCUCGAAUCACAGUAGAAGAAUCUAAUGUCCAAACUCUUCUUCCAGCUGCUUGCCUAUUGCAAUUAACUGAAAUACAGGAUAUCUGUUGUGAGUUUUUAAGGAGACAACUUGAUCCAUCAAAUUGCCUCGGUAUCAGAGCAUUUGCAGAUACACAUUCUUGCCUUGAUCUUUUACGUGUUGCCGAUAAAUAUACACAGCAUAAUUUUCAAGAAGUUAUGGAAAGUGAGGAAUUUCUGCUUCUUCCAGUUACACAACUAAUCGAUUUAAUUGCCAGUGAUGAACUUAAUGUGAGAACAGAAGAGCAAGUGUUCAGUGCAGCAAUGUCUUGGGUCAAGUAUAAUAUUUCUGAACGAAGACAGAACCUUCCUCAAGUACUCCAGCAUGUACGAUUACCUUUGUUAAGUCCUAAAUUUCUAGUUGGCACAGUAGGAGCAGACUUAUUAGUUCGUAGUGAUGAAACGUGUAGAGAUCUUGUUGAUGAAGCAAAAAACUAUUUACUCUUACCACAAGAACGACCUUUAAUGCAAGGACCACGAACUCGACCUCGUAAACCUACUCAGAGGGGUCAGCUUUUAUUUGCUGUUGGAGGUUGGUGUAGUGGAGAUGCUAUAGCUUCAGUUGAACGUUAUGAUCCACAAACGGAGGAUUGGAAGUUACAGGCACAAAUGAGUAAGCGAAGAUGUGGAGUUGGAGUAGCUGUGCUUAAUGAUUUAUUGUAUGCAGUCGGUGGACACGAUGGUCAAUCUUACCUUAACAGUAUAGAACGAUAUGAUCCUCAGACCAAUCAAUGGUCAUGUGAUGUGGCUCCUACAACUUCAUGUCGAACAAGUGUUGGAGUGGCUGUUUUAGAUGGUUUGCUAUAUGCAGUUGGAGGUCAAGAUGGUGUACAAUGUUUAAGUCAUGUUGAACGAUAUGACCCUAAGGAAAAUAAGUGGAGUAAAGUGGCCCCUAUGACAACGAGAAGAUUAGGUGUUGCUGUGGCUGUGCUAGGAGGUUAUUUGUACGCAAUUGGUGGUUCAGAUGGACAAUCACCAUUAAGUUCUGUCGAACGUUAUGAUCCAAGACAGAAUAAAUGGACAGUUAUGGCACCAAUGUCAACAAGAAGGAAACAUUUAGGAUGUGCUGUUUAUAAAGACAUGAUAUACGCAGUUGGAGGACGCGAUGAUUGCAUGGAAUUAAGUAGUGCUGAAAGAUAUAAUCCUCAUACAAAUUCAUGGUCUCCAAUAGUUGCCAUGACAUCUCGGAGAAGCGGUGUAGGCUUAGCUGUUGUUAAUGGACAACUGUAUGCGGUUGGUGGAUUUGAUGGUACAGCAUACCUAAAAACAAUUGAAGUAUAUGAUCAGAGUCAAAAUCAGUGGCGGCUUUGUGGUACAAUGAACUAUAGACGACUCGGAGGCGGUGUUGGAGUAAUGAGAUCACCUCAAACGGAUAACAAUUUUUAA